CCUACGGCUUUGUUAAUGAAGAAAAUAAAAAUAUGUGGCUCGGUGUUAGUUUGGACGUUCAAAAUAAAAAUAAUGGAUAUAUUGUAGUGUGCGGGCAUUUAUGGAAAUAUGUUUCAACGGAAUAUUUUUCAUUAGGCGUAUGUUUUAUAUUAAAUCAAGACAUGAACGUGGUGAAGACCAUUCAUCCAUAUGAAAUUAUAGUAAAUAGACUCCCUGAACAAAUUUAUACUGCAGAAAUUGGAAUGUCAGCCUCUUUUAUCCAGGACAAGGAUGAGUUAUUAAUUGGAUCACCUGGUUAUAAUAUUUUUACAGGUGCUGGGCUAAAAUAUAAAUUUGUAAAUUAUUAUGAAUAUAGACGGGAUAUAGUUAUUCGUUCUAUUGAUAUAUUAUCAUUAAAAACUUAUAAGUAUGAUUUUGAAUAUUUUGGAUAUUCUGUAUCGUCCGGAAAAUUCUAUAGUAACAACAAAACAGCAUAUGUAACUGGAGGACCAAGAGCUAGACAGUAUAAAGGACAAGUUAUUAUUUUUGAUGAAAAUUAUAUGAUUAGUGGGGAAUUAGAAGGAUCUCAAACAGGGGAGUAUUAUGGGGCAGCCAUUUUAAGUGUGGAUGUGAAUAACGACGGUUUGACUGAUUUAUUUGUUGGUGCUCCUUUGUAUUCUACUGAAUCUGGUGGGGACGAAGGAAGGGUCUAUAUUUAUCUUAGUGGGGGUAAAUAUCUAAAAUACCAAUCAAGUUUAUAUGGAUCUUCUGUUAAAAGAAGCAGAUUUGGCACCAGUUUAGCUCAUAUUGGAGAUAUUAAUCAUGAUAAAUUUUCAGAUAUUGCCGUUGGGGCACCAUACGAAUUAGAAAGAGGAGCAGUUUAUAUUUACCACGGUUCUUCCAAUGGACUUAAAACUAAAUUUGUUCAGAGAAUUUUUGCGGCCGACGUUGAUCGACAUUUAAUGGGUUUCGGUAUAUCUAUAUCGAAACCGUAUGACGUAGAUUUUAGUAAUUAUCCAGGUAAUGCGAAUUUUAACUUACAAAUAUUUCCUCGCAAAUUAAAUUUUGAUCGAGAUUCUUUUCGUUCUCUAGACAUUGUUGUUGGUUCAUAUUUAUCGGACAAUGCUGUUCUUUUAAGAACUCGUCCCAUUGUUCGGAUAUUUCCUCACAUAGAAUUUCAACCCCGCCAAAUAUAUCCUAAUAAUUCAACCUGUAACCUCACCACGGGACUUUGUUUCAAAGCCAUAUUGUGUUUGAGAUACGAAGGCUCUUUUGUGCCUGCCACACUCGAUUUUACUGUGGAACUACGCGCAUUUCGAAUAAAAAAUGUACUCCAGCCCAAAGAAUACUUUACAGAUCAGAAUUUACCGGUUUCGAUGAAACAUGAUAAAAUUACAGCUAGAUACAACGAAAAUGAAUGUCAUAUAUACGAAGUUUAUAUCCGCGACGAUUCCAACGAUCGAAUAACACCGAUCCAAAUAAAUGUUGAUGCAUAUUUAACGCACAACACAUCGAAAGAAACACAAUUUUGUAAAGAUUGCCCCAUUUUAGAUCCGACAGUUCCUCAUUCUAAGAGCGAAGUGAUAACAUUUCUUACUGGCUGCGCUCGUGAAGAUAAAUGCUUUUCCGAUCUCACACUGGAGGCUCAUAUAUUUGGUCUGAGUAAUGGAGAAUUGAUCCUCGGUAAAGACAAACAGAUCACCAUUAUUGCCGAAAUUCAAAAUUCCAACGAACCGGCUUUCAUGACCGAAAUGUGGAUUUAUUUACCCGAAAAUAUGGAACUGAUCAACGGAGAAAACUGUAAACAAUUACAAGAAAUGUCUAAAGGAUUAACUUUAAUCUGUCUGAUUGGAAAUCCUUUGGAUAAGAAAUCGGCAAGACACGAAAUUAAACUGGAUUCGUCUAAACUAUUAUCUUCCUUGGAUAAUAUAUCUAUUGUUAUGAAUUUAACGACGCUGAGCGAAGAAAGAAAUGUAGCCGAUAAUCUGGUUAAUAUCACGAUACCUAUGAAAUUAUCUGCAGACGUCAGUAUAACCGGACGGGCAGAACCAGAGCUGAUUUUAUUGAAGAAAGACGAAUCUCAUCGAAAUCUUUAUGAAUUCGUCCAUAUUUACAAUGUCAUGAAACAUUUGUAUAGUCCCAUUUCUCUUGUCACAGUAACGUUCUCAAUUCCAACCACUUUCACCGAUACGAAAAUAAAAUUUGUAAAUUCCAAAAACUUAACAAUUUUGAAUCUCGAUUUCGAGUUCGAUUCUGACAUCUGCAAUUUCACGAAUGUCGAAACAGCAAAUGACGACUCGGAAAGCGAUGGCCUGAAUUUCACAAUUUCAAAUAUCAAGUCGAAGAGAAAUAGUAAUAACCUGAUUUCUGUGGACAGAAGCAAGAAUCUGAUACUUAAUUGUAAAACGUCAGUAUGCGAAAACGUUGUAUGUUCUGUUGGUCCUUUUGAUGAUAAAAAGAAAAGCUCGACUUUCUACAUAAAAGGAUAUAUAAAUGCCGAAGUCCUCAGCUCAAAUUUGAAAGAAUGGGAUAAUAUCACAUUCUCUUCACAAGGAAAACUGACGAUCGAAGAAGAGAGAAUUAUUGCUCAACCUAGAAGUCAUCUACCACACGAAACUGAAGUCUCAACGAACGUAGUACUUUCCAUUACUUUAAAGGGCGCUAAGAUUUCAAAAUGGGUUUUGCCCGUUAGCAUUGUACACUGGGUGGCAUUUGUUGUCUCCUUCCCCGAAACGUCACUCAUAUGA